AGGACCCCGGGGCCAGCCCAUGCCGCGGUGCCGCCGAAAGAGCGGAGGAGCGAGUCGGAGUCACCGCCCGAGCCCGAGCUUCAGCCGCAGCGCCCGCCGCCCGAUCUCCCCGCUCCCGUCGUAGCCGGAGGCCUCUCGCCGCCAGGCAGGAUGCUGGAGGAAGCGGGAGAGGUGCUGGAGAACAUGCUGAAGGCCUCUUGCCUGCCGCUCAGCUUCAUCGUCUUCCUGCCCGCCGUGCUGCUGCUCGUGUCCCCGCCGCUGCCAGCCGCCGAGGCCGCCCACGAAUUCACCGUCUACCGCAUGCAGCAGUACGAUCUGCAGGGCCAGCCCUACGGCACCCGCAACGCCGUACUGAACACAGAAGCACGGACAAUAGAGGCAGAUGUGCUGAGUCGCCGCUGCGUCAUGAUGCGGCUGGUGGAUUUCUCGUACGAGCAGUACCAGAAGGCCUUGCGGCAGUCGGCGGGUGCUGUGGUCAUCAUCCUGCCCCAGACCAUGGCCGCUUUGCCCCAGGACAUCAUCAGGCAAUUCAUGGAGAUCGAGCCCGAGAUGCUGGCUAUGGAGACCAUCGUCCCCGUGUACUUUGCCGUGGAGGACGAAGCCCUGCUCUCCAUCUACGAACAGACUCAGGCAGCCUCGGCCUCCCAAGGCUCCGCCUCUGCGGCCGAAGUUCUGCUCCACACAGCCACAGCCAAUGGCUUCCAGAUGGUCACCAGCGGGGCCCAGAGCAAAGCCGUGAAUGACUGGCUCAUCACCAGCGUGGAGGGUCGGCUGACGGGGCUGGGUGGAGAGGACCUCCCCACCAUCGUCAUCGUGGCCCACUAUGAUGCCUUCGGGGUUGCUCCUUGGCUCUCUCAUGGCGCAGAUUCCAAUGGCAGUGGUGUUUCGGUUCUGCUGGAACUCGCACGUCUCUUCUCUCGGCUUUACACCUACAAACGCACGCAUGCUGGGUACAACCUCCUGUUCUUUGCCUCCGGCGGGGGCAAAUUCAACUACCAGGGGACCAAGAGGUGGUUAGAAGACAACCUGGAUCACACCGACUCCAGUUUGCUUCAGGACAAUGUGGCGUUUGUCCUGUGUCUUGACACCCUGGGCCGUGGGAACAGCUUGCACCUCCAUGUCUCGAAACCUCCCAAGGAAGGAACCCUGCAGCAUGCCUUCCUGCGGGAACUCGAGAUGGUGGCAGCCAGUCAGUUUCCAGAAGUGAGGUUCUCCAUGGUGCACAAGAAGAUAAACCUGGCAGAGGACAUGCUGGCCUGGGAGCACGAGCGCUUCGCCAUCCGCCGCCUCCCGGCCUUCACCGUCUCCCACCUGGACAGCCAUCGGGACGGGCUGCGGAACAGCAUCAUGGAUGUCCGGGCACGAGUUGAUUCCAGAUCACUAACCCGAAACACCAAGAUAAUUGCCGAGGCCUUGACUCGGGUCAUCUACAACCUGACCGAGAAGGGAGCCCCUGCAGAUCUGCAGAUCUUCACUGAACAAAUGCAGAUCCAGCAGGAGCAGCUGGAGUCAGUGAUGGACUGGCUCACCAACCAGCCGCGUGCUGCCCAACUGGUGGACAAAGACAGCACAUUCCUCAACACCCUAGAAUACUACCUUAGCCGCUACCUGAAGGACGUCAAGCAGCAUCACGUGAAAGCUGACAAGCGGGACCCUGAGUUUGUCUUCUAUGAUCAGCUGAAGCAAGUGAUGAACGCAUACAGGGUUAAGCCAGCGAUCUUUGAUCUCCUCCUGGCUCUCUGCAUAGCCGCCUACCUUGGGGUGGCCUACCUUGCAGUCCAGCACUUUGGUGUCCUAUAUAAGACCAUGCAGAGACUCUCCCUGAAGUCCAAGCAGCAGUGAAAAUGGCCAUUCACCGGUCCCAUUGAGCAGCACAGAGCCACCACACUGAGCCCGCCAGGAGUUUCAGCCUUCCAUCAAAACCUCCACUCCGCCCUCCCUCCCUGUUCCUCUAGCCACCCCGCUGUGGGGGGAGCCAAGCACAUGCAGAACUUCCCAGUUCCAGCACACAUCCUCUUUCUCCUCCCCUCCCUGCUUCUCCCCCCCCCCC